CUUACAUUAAUUACUGAGUUAACUUGUUUGGCCGACUUGACGACUGACUCGUCAAAUUGGCAUGCACAUGUCAUCUAAUGUACGGACCAAUCAGACUCAUGAGCCUAGGUCUCCUCAGCGAUUCUCGAAACUAUCAGAUUGCAAGUCAAGACCAAUGCCAAUGAUGUGACAUAUACCCUAUUCACAGUUAUGAGCUGCUUGAUAUACAUGUCGUGAUCGUUUCAUUAAAAUACCGUGAAAAAAUCUUGGCGACGCAUCUUGCAUUUGAAUAUUUUCUUAAACAUGUAGGAGGAAAGGACCGGUGAAGAGAUAGAUUUUUCGAGAGUUUUUGAUUGAAAUCUUGCACCAUAACUCUUACAGAACUUUUCUUGUCCCCCUACUCUCAUCACAUCUUCUUCUCUGCUCCGCAAGAGAGGAAUUGAAAAACAAAACACAUAAUUUAUGUCAUCUUCAUCUUUCUUAAAGAAAUCUGCUUCGGAUUGUGUGAACUUCCUAAAAUUAUUCAACAAUAUUAUUUAAAAAUUAAAUUCAUAUGUUUCAUGUAAUUUAAAUACAAUAGAAAACGUACCAAUCGCUUAAAAAUGACAUACAAUGAUUUAAAUGGAAAAAGUACUAGAAAUGACAUGGAAGUUUCGAUCGAUCUUCUCAUAAAACCUCAGGAUAUUAAAAAUAAUUUAAAAGAUAAAUAUUUCAUGGAGAAGCUGCUCAAUCCAUGGGAGGAAGGUUCGCUCCCCUGUCCGGCUUGCGGUAUGCUCCCCUGUCUUCCUCUCACUUUCUCUCCGUAAUGCUCUCUAUUAUUUCUCCUUGUGAAGCCAUGGUUUGGUCUCCAUGCAGGCCUGUAAAUGUAAUGGUUCGUUCUCUCCUUGCUGCAGUCUUUUCUCUCAUCCUCUGCUGUUCUUCCAUGGCGGAGCUAAAGAGGUUCUUCCACCCACCUAAAUCCGAUGGUUCUCUGAGCUUCCUGGCCAUUGGUGACUGGGGAAGAAAUGGAACUUUUAACCAAUCACUAGUUGCCUAUCAGAUGGGAAUAAUUGGGGAAGAACUUGACAUUGAUUUUGUAAUAUCAGUCGGAGAUAAUUUCUAUGAGAGUGGAUUGAGAGAAGUUGACGACAAAUCAUUUGAAGAAUCCUUCACCAAUAUCUACACUGCCAGCAGCUUGCAGAAGCAGUGGUAUAGUGUUCUUGGAAAUCAUGAUUAUCGAGGAAAUGUGAUGGCUCAGUUGGAUCCUCAGCUCGGGAAGAUUGAUAGCCGCUGGCUCUGCAUGAGAUCAUUUAUUGUGGAUGCAGAGAUUGCAAAUUUCUUUUUCUUGGAUACAACGCCAUUUGUGAAGAAGUAUUGGAAGAAUCCUAAGAAGAAUCGCUAUGAUUGGAGGGAGGUGGCUCCCAGGAAAAAAUACAUCUCAACCCUUUUGAAGGAUUUGGAGAGAGCACUGGGAGAGUCAGCUGCGACGUGGAAGAUUGUUAUUGGGCAUCACACACUAAGGAGUGUGAGCGAACAUGGAGAAACUCCCGAGUUAGUCAAGUUGCUUCUGCCCAUGCUCAUUAAUUAUGGUGUUGAUAUAUACAUCAAUGGUCAUGAUCAUUGCCUUCAGCACAUCAGCAGUACUGACAGCUUUAUUCACUUUCUGACAAGUGGAGGGGGAUCAAAAGCUUGGAGGGGAAUAAUAAUGCCGACAGUGGAGAAUGUGGAGUUCUUCUAUGAUGGUCAAGGAUUUGUUUCUCUUCAGCUGAGCUCAACUGAAGCCAAUAUCAAAUUUUAUGAUGUUUUUGGCGCUGUUUUGCAUCAAUGGAAUACUACGAAGGAGUUCUAUGAUUAUAUUGUUUAAUGAAGGAAAUGUAUUCACACUAAAAAUGUGUUUUUUAUGGGUGUUUAUAUGUUUUAUAGCUUCUUUGAGGAUUAGAUUGCAAAUUGACAUCUAAAUAAAA